AAAAAAAAAAAAAAAGCAUCAAGUUUAUUUCAUCAGCUCAGAAAAAAACAUUUACAAAUUGCAAAGACAAAUAUGCCUGUGUAUGCUGCAGUGUAUACGAGGAUAAUCUUGAUACGUUAGGAGAACACAUUACCAGCACACACAUGGCACGUUUUCAUCCAGCUCUGGAAGCAAGCUUUCAUCGACUUGAAGAGAAAAACAAAUGGAUAUUAUCUACAGGUAAAGUGGUAGAGGACGUGUUGAACAAACUUAGCAAGUCUUGUUUAGUCGAUCACCCUUCUUGCUCAAUGAUUUUGGAUUUGGAUGACAAGACCUAUAUAAAAGAAGGACUUUUCACACAAGAAGAAAUCGUUGAAAUGAAGCAAAAAAACUUGAUCGGUUUUGUAGAUACUUUACCUACAGACCUAGCAAACUAUAUCAACGGCUUCAAUUGCGAUAAUGCUAAAGAACUCCGAGCGCAGCUUCUCAAAGUACAGGAUUGGGAACAUAUUUACGAUUCUAAAAAAUAUCACGACUUUGACUGGGUCAAACAUACUAUCUUUUCUUUUGUGAGACUUUAUGAAUCAGGAAAUCUCAAGAAGAUCCAAAAAGAAACUUGGUACAAUAGUCAUGUCUGGUCGCUUAUUGACACCAUAUUCGACGACAUAGACACACUACAUGUUAUUCGUGGCGAAGCAGCAAAUGCUGCCAGUACAAGACGAAAAAAUAUGGAUAGGGUGAUUGGAUCCAAAGACAAAAUCGCAAGAGCUUUCACUGGUUACAAGUGUGAUCUGAUUGUAAGAGAAGAAAAAGCUGAUCAUGAAUACGCAGAUGAGUAUGGAGUUGGAGAAACUGCUAUACAUCACUUAAACACCAAGACAAUUGAAGAAAAGGGGAUAAAAUUGCCAAAGGUGAUGAAGGAUAUGCUGGACAAAUUAGUUACAAGUAAUCAGAACGAGUACCAAGGCCUCUCGAUAUUUGGAAUCCAGACUUCAGGUCUAUCUAUUACCUUGUUGGCUGCAGACAAACCCACGCCUUAUAUCACACGAAUAUCAAAAAUCAAAGAUUUGUCUGUAUCAAGUGACAUAUCUCAUUUUACUAGAAGCAUUUUACCCUUAAUUGUUUUAAUAUGGCAAUUUAAACAACAAAUACUGAAAGUUAAAAAGAAAGUGUCUUUAAACCAGAAACGCAAUUACCCGAAGGACAACAGCGAAUGGCUAAACACCUGUUUGGAAUAUGACAACGUCGUCAUUAUGCCUGUCACUUCUACCUCAACUGAGUACGUGAAUAAAAGAAGGAAGCAUUAUGCUUGAAUCGACUUCUCGCCUUAACAAUUCCAAUACGAUAUGAAACCUCCCCAGGUUUAUGAAAUAAUUAAACUAAAUAAGACGCAUGAAUCCUUUUGAUAUCUCACCUUUAAAUAAAGCCGAUAUUCUGACAGUUUAAUUUGAUUACGAUACCUCUAUUUAAAUUCUCAAUCCAGUUAACAAGCUAUCAUCUUUCAAAAUCUUCUUAUAUACAUUACACGUCUUGAAUUAAAGAGGUUCACACAUGUUUGCGGUAAGUCCGAAAUCGUCC